GUAAUUGUUCGGCUGUGCGUUGUUUGUACGCUGGUGGCUAAAAGUCAGCUAAUGUGUUAGAGUUGGUGGCGUUGGGCAUUUUUAAGUAUCGGGUUUUUACGUUGUUGGUUAACUAUUUAAACGGUGUUAACCCACUGAAAGAAACACCCUCUAAUAGCUUAAUUUUCGUCGCUAUUUGUAGUAGAAGAUUAUUUAGCCAUCUGGCUAGGAGGCUAACAGGGACCACAAUGGAGGGCAGCGCCAGCGUGAGGAAAGCACUGUCCGGGACUCUCGUCCCUUUGGCGGUCUCAACAGUGGCUCUUCAACAGCAACCAGAGGAUGAGGAGAAGGGAACGCUGAAGAGAAACGUCCUGGAUGAGGAGGAAUACAUUGAGAGCUUAGAGAAAAUUAUCCAGAGGGACUUUUUCCCAGAUGUGACAAAGCUGCAGGCACAGAAGGAAUAUCUUGAAGCAGAGGAAAAUGGAGACCUGGAGAGGAUGAGAGAAAUUUCCAUCCGAUACGGAUCUUCGUUGACAAAAUCUACACCGCAGUCUUCUGCACCAUAUGUGACGCCUGCUAGCUUUGAAACACCAGUGGGCCAGUUGGGAUCCCCUGCUUCCACUUAUUCUGCUAAAGCUGUAGAUGGAGAGAAGAGGGCUGACGACACAGAAGAACAAAAUCUGCCCAGCCUGGACCGCUUCCUCGCUAAGAAUACCAGUGAGGAUAAUGCAUCCUUUGAACAGAUAAUGGAUCUGGCAAAAGACAAGGAGAAACUGAAGCAUGCCUGGUUGUAUGAGGCUGAAGCUGAAUUCAAACAGCGUCAUGAGCAGAACCUUGCCUUACCAUCAGUAGAGAAGGCAGCACUCGAAUGCACCAAAGCUGGACUGGAGACCUGGGAGUACAAAGCCAAGAAUGCCUUGAUGUAUUAUCCAGAGGGUGUUAAAGAUGAUGAUGCCAUCUUCAAGAAACCAAGGGAGGUGGUUCACAAGAACACUCGCUUUGUUGGAGACCCAUUCAGCAAAGCUCUCAACAAGAGCCAGAUUCAGCAGGCAGCAGCUCUCAAUGCACAGUUCAAACAGGGUAAAGUAGGUCCUGAUGGGAAAGAGCUUAUCCCACAUGAAUCCCCAUCAAUGAAUGGAUAUGGUUACGUAAAAACUCCUUCACCUGCACCUGGUGUAGCUGAGUCACCUCUGAUGACCUGGGGUGAGAUCGAGAGCACACCAUUUCGUCUGGAUGGAUCAGACACCCCGUAUGUUGAGAGGAAUCAUGGACCUUCUUUUAAGAUCCCAGAACCAGGGAGACGAGAAAGGCUUGGUUUAAAGAUGGCCAACGAGGCUGCCGCUAAGAACCGUGCAAAGAAACAGGAAGCGUUACGAAAAGUCACAGAGAACCUUGCAAGCCUGACGCCUAAAGGUUUGAGCCCGGCCCUUUCGCCUGCCCUGCAACGGCUCGUAAAUCGGACUUCCAGCAAAUACACAGACAAAGCACUGCGAGCAAGUUACACCCCAUCACCCUCACACAGACUCGCUGCAUGCAAGUCUCCCUUCGGGGGCCCGGCGACUCCUUCGGGAACGCCAACGCCAAACAAAGCAAAGACUCCAAAUUCUCAGGACGUCACGUCGCUCACAGACAAUCUGCUGCAGCUUCCCAAAAGACGGAAAGCAUCGGACUUUUUCUAAGAGCAGCACCUCUCUGCUUGGAUUGUACAAAAAAAAGACUUAACAUAUACAUUAAAGAGCACAUCAUUUUGCUGGAGGACUGGAAAAAGAAAUAAAUGGUGGAGUAGAGACUAUAAAAACUUUAUGCACUAAAAUGCAACAAAGGUCAUUGUAGGUCCAAGAGAAAUAAUUUGAAUGUCUGAAUUCUAUUUUGAUUUUAUUGUCUUUAUCUCGCAUACAAGGGUUUUUGUUUGUUGUUUUUUUUUGGGUUUUUUUAAACAGCUCCUGCUACUCUAACAGACUGACAUUCUCAACAGACAAUAUUUGCAUAUUUUAAAUCAUUUGUAUUGUCAUUGAACGUUUUUCCCAAAAAAUUCACAGAUAAAUGAGAUGACAUUUCAGAGUUUCUCUGCUUCACAGGAAUUAAUCAGGACAGGAACAGGAAUCUCCGGCUGCCGUGUUUCCAAAUGGGAGAAGAAAAUGUGUUUUAUUAAAGCUUGAGCCUGCUCUCACCAUCAUAAAGAUGUAGAACCCUUUCCUAAACUUUCUAAAUGUAAAAUAUACCUUUUGGGGCUAAAAUCUGUGUUUGCAAUCAGAUAAUGAAUUGUCAGCCGUAUAGUUUUGUUCUCCCAUCUGUUGGUGCUAAAGGAGUUGGGUCAGGGUCCAAAUAAAAAGACCUGUCAUGCUUUUAUGUUUUCAAAUGCUCCAGUUUGCCUUCAGUCUGGUUUGCUGUCAGAACUGAUGGUAAAGAGGCCCCUUUUUUUUUUUUUUUUUUUAACUUGCCACAGAUUUAAAGUGUCACCCUGUCAGUUGUGUGCAUCCUAGUUAAAGUUAACAUUUUAUUUGAUCUAAGUAUGUUUUAUCUCAAAGAAAAAGGUGCUUGUGUAGAGUUGCCACACACUUUUCAUGUCCAUAUGUCCAUUUAAAGAAUGAUUGGCCUGACUAAAAAAAUAUAUAUUUUUCCAAUGUUAGAGAUUCCUUUCUUGUGCAGGACAGCACUAAGACAUGGCAGAGACAAUAUUUACAUUUAAAAUAAAUAAAGCCAAUACGAAACUUCAGUCAAGUAGUUAUGAAAGCUUGUCAACGUUUUAAGUUGCUAUCUCAAAGUUUUGAUUACAGAUGGCAAAAAAAGUUUUGGGUUUUUUGUUCAGUGGUGGAAAGGAGCUUCCAUAAGUAGGUGUCAUCUGACAAUACAGCUAUUUUCGUACAAAGGUCUCACCUGUUUCCUCUUACCUCCAUUUUUUGAUAGAGGUAAGGGUGAAUAAUAAAACAUUAUUGUUUCAGCUGAA